CUCAGAGCAGCACUUUGAUUCGAGAGCAAAGUUCAGCAGCAGAUGGCUGAGACUUGAGUGUUUGACAGGGUCACAGCUUCUUUGCUAUCCUGAGUUCAGAAGUGAAAUUUGUAGCUUUUCUAGAGCUUUACAGUUAUGUUGUUCUAUUUGCGCCCUCCAGGCUGCCAUCCAGAUGUCGCUGUGCAUGACCUCACACCUGUGCCUGCUGGUCUUACCAGUGAUGUCACUGCUGCUGCUCUUCUCUCCCAUCAGUUGGAGCUAUGAUGGCCUCACCCCUGGCUGUCACCUUCACCCCUUCAACGUGACCAUCCGCAGCGACCGCCGCAACACGUGUAAAGGCACCCACCUGGUCUAUGCCUGCGUGGGCUACUGUGAGUCCAGUGCCUUCCCGUCCAGAUAUUCUGUACUAGUGGCCUCCAACUUUACCCACAACAUCACCUCGGCCUCACGAUGCUGCACCAUCAGCAAGGACGCCAAGGUCAAAGUUCGCCUGGACUGCCCUCGCGGUCGUCACCAUGACGAAAUAGAGAUCCUGACAGCAAAGGCAUGUCGCUGCGACAUGUGCCGCAAGUCCCGCUACUAA